UCCUGUCAAUGAACUGAUCCGGUCCGCCGCUCGGUUUAUAUUCUUGCAGAAUUUUUAAAAAAAUAUUUAAGAUAUCAACGAUUCUGUACUUGAUUUCUUCUUAUCCAUUCACCGUCUGUUAGUGCUGUUCAAAUCCGAGAUGUCCUACAACAAAUAUAACACGCGCACUUCCGGCCGUUUCAACACCCCGGGUCAGUUCGUGCCUGCUGGAGAGCUGGCGGGAGGCGCGGCGCCGGGCGGCGGAGCCCAGCGGCAGCAGCACAACAACCCCAAUCUCGCUGUCGGACAACCCUUCAAGCAGACGUUCACGCCGGCGCCGCAGCCGCCGCUGCCGCCGCAGCCGCCCCGACAAGUUCAACAGCAGAACUUGCAGAAUGUCCCGAUUCAGAACUCGGACGUGGAGAUGAAGACUGAACCAGGGACUGAGGAAAACAAUGAGGGCGGCAACGGCGGGGGUAGCGGCCGCCCCCACUGGAUGAAGAACAAGUUGGGAGGAGUGAAGAAGGUGUCGAACAAGGAGCGCCGUCGCCGCCAGAACGAGACUCUGCGCAAGCUGCUCACGCCCAAGAACGCGCUCAUGGUGCUCAACGAGAUGAUGCCCAACGAGCAACUCGCCACGCAAUUCAAAGUGGAAGCUGCGGGCAACCAAUUCUACAAGCCGGCCAACCAGCAGAGCUUCUGCGCGGACCUUACGCUUGAUGGCAAUGUCUACAAGGGAUAUGGUGAGAACAAGUUGUCUGCGCGUAACGCGGCCGCCGAGAAGGCCAUCCGGGAUCUCAUUAUCAAGCGCAUGUCCAAGGUGUUUGCCAACGAUGCCACCAAUGCCGCCAAUGCCGCCAAUGCUGCCAAUGCUGGUACAGAUAAUGCUGAUUCUGCAGAGGGUGACAACGCGAACGGUGACACCGAGGAGACUCUGCCCAUGAUCCAGCUGGCAUCGUUCGCUCUUCACAAACUGUUCUCCGAGUGGGAGUAUGAGGGGGUUAAGGUGCCGCAGCUGAAGCCUACUGGCCAGCAGGGUAACAGCACAUCUGAAUCUAUGGAGGUCAUCGCCCCCCCUCCACCUAAGCCGAAGCCGCCAAUGAAGCGCAAGGAGCUGCCCCCCAACGCUGCAACACUGCACCCCUGCAUGCUGCUCACCUACAUGCGGCCCGGACUCGAGUACCGCGAGCUGGCUAUCAGUGGCGACAAGCCGCAGACCAUGAUGUUCACUAUGGGCGUAGAUGUAGAUGGCGCCACGUACAUCGGUAAAGCGUCCAACAAGAAGGAAGCCCGCCGCGCGGCCGCGCGCGCCGCCUGCGCCGCGCUCUUCAGCGUCACCUUCCCCGACCCCCCCGCACCCGCACCCGCACCCGCCACCACCACCACCACCCCCGCCCCGCCCAUGCAGCAGUAGGCUACACCACCACACCACCCCACCCCACCCCACCCCACCCCCUCGAGGGCCGCUAACAUUCUAACGAUCCACUUACGAAAUGGACUUCCGGUUCGAACGCCAUCUUGAUAGUAGCCUCGUGAUUAAUUCCUUUGUUUUUUGCUCAUUAAUAUUGUUUAAGGUGUAAUAUCGAUAGCUUUAUUAUACAAUAAUCUAAUGUGGUAGUGUGCAGUGAAUGGAGAAUUAAUCUCAAAGCGUGUUUAACCACCAUUUUGGAGUCAACGGCCGGUAGUCCACGUGCUUCUCGUAAAAUCCAGCUAUCGGUUUUACGAGACAAAUACAACAACCACCGAACAGCGUUGUGCUCUAAGAGCAUUUAUUUUGGUCCUACCCUUUUACGUGACAUUGGCUACGGGCAACACCGCCCUCAAGUCCAUCAAGAAAAGAAUCACUUACGAAAUAUUCCUUUGAAAAGAGCACACGUUUGUGAGUAACGUUCACAAUAUAUGCGUAUUGCGUUAUUGUUUCCGUUUAUGCCGCAGAGUAUUAAACCUCGUAAGAACAUAGAGUACUAAAAAAAAUUGAAAUAAUUCAUAGAAGUCUGUAUAAUUUGAAUAAAUAGUCCCUGUAGUCUGGAGCGGCGACGUUGCCAUCGUACUUGAAACAAAAACGCAUCUUCUACAAGAAUUACGGUUCGGAAUCGAAUGACCGGAAAGGAAUGUCAAAUGCUUAGGGUUAAAUAAAAUGUGAGCAACUAUUUUGUAAAUUGGAUCAUUUUUACGCCCGACCCGUGAAGCCCACAUAUAUUUUUAAAUUAAUUAUCUCUGUAUAUCUGUGUAUAGAAAAACUUAGUUACAUUUAGUAAUUAUGAAUAUUAAUAUUCAUAUUCACACCUAAUGACCCAGAGUAUGAAUCUCGUGAGUUUUCAUUAGUUGUUAACAAGAUUUUUCAACUAUCAUAUAUCUAAUUUAAAUCAUUUUACGGUUUAGACUCACUUAAAAAAGGAAAGGAAACCUAGGCUCGCCGAAACAUGUCGCGCGAGUGACUAAAACAAGUGAGUCUAAACCGUAAAAUGAUUUAAUGUUAGUAUGUCUCACAACAGUUUAAAUUCGAUUAUCCAAUUUAAAUAUUAAAUUGCACGGUACACAGUACUAUAUGUAGCAUAAUAACGCGAGAGAGGAUUUAAAGAAAAUAUAAUUUAAAAUGUGAUGAAAAAAGUGAAUGAGUAUAUUGAGUAUUCAGUAUUCGUGUUCUACAAUCGAUGUCUUUAAAUUAAAUAUACAGAAUAGGGAUAAAUUAACAUUUUCGUAGCGCUACGCUCGUAGCCGAUCCCAGCGUUUUCCCGCUUUGUAGAGCAAAGCGAUUACGAACAGAGAAGUUCCCAUCACUCAAUGUGUUUAGUAAAUCCUUUUAUCAAACUAUGUUUUAAAAUGGCAUGAGACCUCUAUAUUUUAUAUUUAAAUGACUUUAAAUUAUUGAUGAUCAGUUUUAUGUAUUAUUUUUUUAACCUGAUUAGACCAAAUAUAUAUUAAUCAACUAAUUUUAAAAAAAAUUAAUUAUCUGUGGACUUCAAUUGAUUUUGAUAUAGCUAUAAGUAGUUAUUAAGAGUAUUGGUUAAGGUAGACAUAGUGAGUCUACGUGAAACCGUUAGAAAGCUAUUUUAGACUAGCUAGUUCAUCUUCCCGAAUGUAGCUGUAUACUUAUUAUAACACAUUGUGGGCAAAUGACGCGUAUUUCUUAACCUUUUCAUAACCAUUUGACAUAAAAUGUCACUAUACAACUUUAAGCCUUACUCAAAAGAAUUAAAAGUUGAAACUUGCGACUUAGCAUGCUUGGUUUUGAAAGGGUUAAAACUUGUAAUGAGUACAUGAAAAUAAAUUA